GACGAUUUAUACAUACUCUCUUUUGUUUUAAUUUAUCUUAUUUUUAUUUAAAAAUAUACAUAUCAACUCAGAUUAAGCUACUGUUUCUGUACAGUUUCUUCUUCUUCUUGGAUCCAAUCUUAAUCUUUUCAAUUUUCAAUUCAGUCCCUGCUUUAAAUUCACUGUCUUGUUUUGCUGGAUCGUGCUCAUUUUUGAUCGUGAAGAACUGGAGAGGAGGAGCUUUUGUUAAAAGAAUUGAGCCCACGACUUUAGCAGAAUGCUGUUCAGUGCUUAUACCAUUUGACGUGUAGCUCGUUGAUCAUUUUUGGUGCUUUACUUUGUCUGAGGAAUAGCUGGUUUGGUCAUGGCAUUCACAAGAAAUAAUCAUAUGCCCGUCGGACAACCUCAUACAGGGGGAUGCAAUGAUGCCCUAUACAAAGAGUUGUGGCAUGCAUGUGCUGGACCUCUUGUCAACCUUCCUCGCGAAGGGGAGCGAGUUUAUUAUUUUCCACAAGGUCACAUGGAACAGCUUGAAGCCUCGAUGCAUCAAGGAGCGGAUCAGCAAAUUCCAUCAUUCAAUCUUCCGUCAAAAAUUCUUUGUAAAGUGGUCAAUGUUCAGCGUAGGGCUGAACCUGAAACUGAUGAAGUUUAUGCACAAAUUACACUACUUCCUGAUCCAGAUCAAAGUGAGGUUACUAGCCCAGAUACUCCACUACCAGAACCUGAAAGAUGCACAGUUCAUUCAUUCUGUAAGACACUCACUGCUUCUGACACUAGCACUCAUGGCGGUUUCUCUGUUCUUCGAAGGCAUGCGGAUGAUUGUCUACCUCCACUGGAUAUGUCCCAACAGCCACCUUGGCAGGAAUUAGUUGCCACUGAUCUGCACAGCAAUGAAUGGCAUUUUCGCCAUAUUUUUCGGGGUCAACCUAGACGUCACUUACUCACAACUGGGUGGAGUGUUUUUGUUAGCUCAAAAAAGUUAGUGGCAGGUGAUGCAUUCAUCUUUUUGAGGGGAGAAAACGGGGAACUUCGAGUUGGAGUGAGGAGACUCAUGAGACAACAUACAAACAUGCCAUCUUCUGUUAUAUCUAGCCAAAGCAUGCAUCUUGGGGUUCUUGCCACUGCAUCUCAUGCCAUUGCAACAGGAACUCUUUUUUCUGUCUUCUACAAGCCAAGAACAAGUCGGUCUGAAUUCAUUGUAAGCGUCGACAAGUAUCUUGAAGCUCGAAGGCACAAGCUUUCUGUUGGGAUGAGGUUUAAGAUGAGAUUUGAGGGUGAGGAAGUUCCUGAGCGAAGGUUCAGCGGCACUAUUGUUGGCGUUGGAGAUAAUAUAUCAUCUGGAUGGGCUGAUUCUGAGUGGAGAUCCCUAAAGGUUCAAUGGGAUGAACCUUCUUCAAUUUUGCGUCCAGAUAGAGUAUCACCAUGGGAAUUGGAGCCACUUGUUGCAACUACUCCUUCAAAUUCUCAACCUAUACAAAGGAACAAGCGAGCUAGACCAGCUGUUGUACCUUCAACACCAGACACCUGUGCUCUAGGCAUGUGGAAACCCCAAACAGAAUCUCCCAGUUUCUCAUAUGGCAACUCUCGAGAUCUUUAUCCAGCACAUAAUUUCCCUACAUCUGCAAAGGCCAACUCUCUUGGCUUCACUGGCAAUGGUCCACUCUCUGGAAUAUCCCCCAACUCCAUGUAUUGGCCUAACAGAGUGGAAACUGUUAUGGAUUCUUUUGUCCCGGUUGUUAACAAAGAUACUGGGGAGAGACGACAAGGCAAUGGAAAUGGCUACAGGCUUUUCGGGAUUCAACUUAUUAAUAACUCCAAUGCAGAAGAAACUUCAGCAUUAAACUCUGCGUCUGGAAUGGCGGGGGAUGAUUGUCCAGUUAUGUCUUUGGAUGCUGAAUGUGAUCAGCAUUCUGAGCCAUCAAAUGUUAAUCGAUCAGAAAUUCCUUCAGUAAGCUGUGAUCUUGACAAAUCAUGCCUGAGAUCUUCCCAGGAGUUGCAGAGCAGACAAAUAAGAAGCUGUACAAAGGUUCACAUGCAAGGAAUUGCCGUCGGUAGAGCUGUUGAUUUGACACGGUUUGAAUGUUAUGAGAACCUGUUGAGGAAGCUUGAGGAGAUGUUUGAUAUUGAAGGCGAGCUCAGGGGAGCCUCAAAGAAAUGGCAAGUUGUUUACACUGAUGAUGAAGAUGACAUGAUGAUGGUUGGAGAUGAUCCAUGGCAUGAAUUCUGCAGCAUGGUGAGGAAGAUUUUCAUCUAUACAUCAGAGGAAGUUAAACGAUUAUCACCGAAGACUAAACUUCUCAUUAACGAAGAGGUUAAAGCACCCAAAGGUGACAGCGAUACUGAUGCCACGGUUAACAUGGAAGACCAAUCAUCCGUUGUCGGGCCCGGUUGCUGACACGACCAUGCCUUCAUUAUCCCCAUGAAUGGCUGUUAGAGCAACUAGCCACAACGAAAAAAAAAGAGAAUUCGGUCAAGAUUUUGUUUAUAGUGGCACACACGUAGUGACCAAUAACACGUCCCAAACACGACGCUGAAUUAGUGGUGAGUUGGGGAGCUGUUUGCUGAAUAUGUCAUUUAUGGAGUGAGAGACAAUAUCUUAAAAGGAAAAGUUUUGGGGAUUUGAUGUUUGUGUUACUUACUGUGCAAGGAAUCACUACUCAUAGUGCUUGCUUGUUUGGAUUCAACUCAAGUAAGCUGUUCAUUCUAUCUACCUCCUCUGCUUAGCUAAUGAGGAAUGGAGAAUAUGCUGUUCCUCUUAUUUUAUUUUUAUUUUUGCUUUUGAAUGUUUUAUUUAUUGUUCAUACUCUGGCUUUUCUUGCCUGCUGUAUAUAAGUAUAUAAAUACCCUUUUCACUUC